AUGGAUGACGUGGAUAUUCUUGCCGAUCUGGAGGAGAUAGCCUCAAAGGCUCUGAACGAGCCAGAGGAUGUCGAUCCUCUUCCCUCCGAUAUCAUGGACCAUCAACGCCACAUGGACCUAGAGGCCCCUUCUAAGAUACCCGACCAAGUUACCAAGCUCCUGAAGUUUGGUAAAGCAAAGUAUCUCAUCAAGCUCGAGAAGCCAAUUGAUUCACUCAAGGAUGUCCGUCGUCUAGGACGCAUGCCCAUGCCACCCGAGGUGUUCAGUGCGACCAACGAGGAUGGAGACAAAACCAAGUUCUGCAAGAUUGGAGAGGAGUCGAAGUUCCACAUCUUGCAGCAUUUCCGCCAGACCAAGCCCCAUUUUCAACCUACCAUCAUCAAAUAUAACGUGGCCGACAAGGACCUUUUCAAGACCUCAAUCUACCCAACUCUUGGAUGCGACGCCACGUUCCCGCAGAACCGCAUCACCGGCGACGACGACCAGAGGCUCCGGCCUGCCCAGGACGAGUAUCCGGUAUGGUACUUCUUCUACGGAACGCUCGCGGACCCCGCCGUCCUUCGGGAGCAACUGGGUGUGGAGCCUGACUAUCGCGAGGCAUCAAUCAAGGGCGGUGUUUUGAAGAUGUGGGGUGGAAAGUACAAGGCGCUUGUCGACACUCCGGACGGCAAGGCGCCGCCUGUGAAGGGAAAGGCUUUUCUGGUCAAGGACAAGGAGAUGGAGGACACGCUGCGGACUUAUGAGACGGACAAGUAUGAGGUUACGAGAUGCUUGAUUGAGAUGGCGGAUUCUGUUGAGGAGGUCAGAGGCUUGACGUUCCGGUUCGCUGGAGAGGCGGAUGAGGUAGAGUAG